CACAACUUUCCUAAACAGCAAGCUUUGAUUUUCAAAGGCAUUAGUGAGAGAUGGCAAGGAAGUUGCUGAAGGUUCCAUCCCUUAAGAGAAUGAUCUCUUCACCAAGAGCUGAUAAGCUCUCUGAUUUCAAUGAAUGCAGUACAUCAUAUGUUGCAGAGAAGGGCCAUUUCUUUGUUUACACAUCCGAGGGGAAGCGAUUCAUGAUUCCCUUGGCAUAUCUGACCAAUAAUAUUUUCAAAGAGCUCUUGAGGAUAUCUGAAGAAGAAUUCGGUUUGCCAUGUGACGGUCCGAUCACACUGCCCUGUGAUGCAGCAUCCAUGGAAUAUGUGCUAUCUUUGCUAAGAAGAGGAGUGUCUAAGGAGAUAGAGAUGCAAUUGCUUAGCUCCAUCUUCGUUUCUCGCCAAUCAGCAUGUUCAAUGCUUGCUGUUGAGCAACCUCAACAAGUAGCAGUUUGUAGUUUUUGAUUACUUGGAAUGUCACACCCCCACUUGUAUAAUCACAUGGAAUUCUUUGAUUCUUAAAAAAUUCUCUCAAUAACUUAUCUUUGUAGAAAUUUUUUCUUUUCGAUUAUAUGAAACUAAGACAUCAAUCCCUCAUUUACAUUA